GCCGCCGGGGGCCAGCGGGGGGCCGUGGGCUCUCUCCAGCAUGGACGCUCCGGAGAGCAGGGCCGCGGUGAUGAGGAGAGGAAGCUACGACGAUGCUGCAGCUUCACUGCGUCCUCAUCUCAGACAUCUGGCUCACAGAAGACGCUCCGCUCCGUCGCUCGUCUUCGGGAAGGCGCUGGGGAUGUCCUGGUCUCCGAUAAGGGAGGAGGCUCCCUGCUGGGUGUCUGCGGAGCAGAGCCCCUUCGUCCUCGGCCUCAGCAGCGAGAACGGAGAGCUGCUGCUGGACGAGUGCGUCCAGGUGACUGAGGGCUCCAAGACCCGCCAGAGGCACCUCUUCCUUUUCAGGGACGUCAUCGUCUUCGCUAAACUCAAGUCAACUGCCAGCUACCGUCUGAAGCACCGAGUGAGCCUUCAGGACGUCUGGCUUCAGGACUUCGAGGAUGAGCCAGACGAGGAGGAGGGCGCGGUGGGGGACGUGGACCUGAGGCUGACCCUGCUCCUGGCCUGGGACCUCACCUUCUGCCUGGUGUGUUUCCGCUCGCCUGAGGUGAAAGAACGCUGGUCAGAUACUCUUCACAGAAACAUCAAAGAGGCGAGAGCGAGGUCUGGCUGCUCUUCUCCGCCUCCAGACGUCCUCAUGAAGGUGUUGAGCGGCAGCAUCGCUACUAAAACUCUGACUGGAGGUGGCAUGGAACAAUUGAUCGAGUUUCCACUUGAUGGCGAUGCAAAGAUCCCGGCCCUGUCGAAGCAGUUGAAUAAUCAAGAGGAGAAGCCGACGCAGUCCGCUGAAACCAAGUGGAAACUGGUGAGGAGGCUGCGGAAAGGCCCCAGCUUCAUCAGCAAGGCGUGCCGGGCUGAGGCAGACAGCAGGACUCAGCUGUUUGGACAGGAUCUCUGCAAGAUCUGCCCGGACGACUGCUCGCUCCCCAAGCCAGUCACAGAGCUGCUGGUGCUGCUCAGGAAGAAAGGCCCGACCACAGAGGGAGUGUUUCGCAAGCCAUGCAACAACAAGAAGAUGAGGGACGUCCGGGAGCUGCUGAACAGCGGUGCCGAGGUGGACCUGGACGAUCAGCCGGUCGUCCUGCUCGUCGGACUCCUCAAAAGUUUCCUGAAGGAGCUUCCCGGCAGUCUGCUGCUGUCUGACCUCUAUGAUAAGUGGAUGAUCGCCUUGGACAACCAAGACACCGAGCAAAGAUCUCUGGAGAUCACUAAGGUGGUGGAUGAUCUGCCGGGUCCCAACAAGCUCCUCCUGCAGCAUCUAGUCUGCGUCCUCCAUCACAUCCUCGAGAGCGCCGACACCAACAAGAUGGACGCCCACAACCUGGCGGUGUGCAUCGGGCCCACGCUGCUGCAGCCGGACGACACGCCGCUGGAUGAGCAGCAGGAAAAGAUGAAGAAGGCCACAGAAUUAACUCAGUUCCUGAUUGAAAAUUAUAAGAUCCUCGGAGAAAACAUCCCGAAUCUGCUGGACACUGAUAACGACUCGCUGUCCUCGCAGCAUCAGGACUCGGCGUACGACAGCACCGACCCGGACGGAGACGGAGAGGCAGGAGGGAGCAGACACGAGGAGUACGGCUCGUCCUCCUCGUCUUGCUCUCUCAGCCCCUCGUGGAUGUCCGACGGUGCCUCGAGCACCAAAGCGUCGACCUUCAACCGCCGCUGCUCCGAGCCCAUCAUCCUCUUCUCGGCGGACACGGAGAGCCUCUGCAGCCACGCCCGGAGCCACGAAGACUGCUCCGUGGCGAGGCGGGACUUGGACGGGCUGCCUCUGAAGAAGCAGAUCUCCGACGACUCCUUCCUGCUCCGACGUCGGGGGGCCGACUCGGUUCUGUCGUUCCCCAAACUGAGCAGCAGCUCCAACAUGGACCCUCUGCCCUUCAUGGGCAAAGACUGCUCCUGCUCCUCCCUGGAGAGCGCCGCCUCCAACCAGUCGGACGGCUCGGUCUUCACCAGCUCUCCGGCGGCGUCACCGGGGUCGUCCAGACGGAUGGAGCCCGCCACCCGGCCCUCAGAGGGGGCCGAGGCCGAGCAGGACGUUGCCAGACCGCAUGAGAAGCGGCGCUCGCAGUCGCUGAGGGCGGCCGCCAAGGUCCUCAUGAGGACUCGGAGCUUGGGAGGCUUCAGCAGGAGCAGCCUGAAGAAAGACUGUCAGAAGGAAAAGCCCUUCCCCUGCGAGACCCUCAGGGAGGACUUCCAGAGCGAGGCGGAACCCCUGGCCGAGCUCCUGCAGAAGCCCCGCCCCCUGUCGGCCGUCGAGGUCUUCAAGCACGUGGACAGCAAGCGGCCGUCCAGCCCCCCGUCGUACGAGCAGGCCAUGCAGGUCGCCGGUCUCCCCCCCCACUACCACACCAUGACGGUUCAGGACGCCGUGGAGCUGGAGAGGAGGUCCCGCCCCUCCUCCGUGAGCUACGACUUCCGGUCCGGCUUCGGUCCAGACUUCGGUGCGGCGGCGCACGGCUCAGCCGACACGGAGGAGCGGCGGCCUUUCCGCCAGAGAGCCAUGUCCGAGAGCGUCUCGGCGGGCCGCCACGAGGCCGUGUCGCGAAGGUGCAGCCACCCCGUGUUCGAGGAGUUCUCCUACGCCAAGGAGUCGUACGUGUGAACUCUAUCUGCACAAAGCAAGACUCAAACUGUAGAAGUGGAACAGCACGCUUCCUCCGAGUUCCUCCUCUUCGGGGCCUUCAGAGGUUCCUCCUCUCCGAACCGUCUCGCCAGUAUUUCUUGACGUUCAGCAGCUGUGUUGAAGAGACUUGGAAAAUUGACUUAUUUAGCACCUUUUGCCACCUCUUCACACCAUAAGUCCACAUUUUCUCCACUGAGAGGUGUAAACACACCUUUAGGAAGCAGCAACAGAGUGAGAUCGGUAUCGGACUCCUGACGACCCACGGCCCCAGCUGAGCCACAGCCACCCCCAGUCCUUCCAUCGUUCCACUUGUGUGCCAUGCUCAUGGUCGCACGUCCCCAGUAGUGCCAUUAAGAGUACGAGUAUUAAAUGAACACGAUAGAUAUUUAGUCUAUCACAAUGAAGCUAUGCUCACAGAGUGACCCAUGCUGCCACUUUGUCUUGUAUAGAGCGUGAUGUCUGUGUUUCUCUAUGUGCACUUUACCGUGCGUCGCCUUAUUCUUUCACUACACAAGAGCACUUUUCUGACCAUUAAUGAUGCUUUCUUUUUUAAACUGCGUUGUAAAUAAAGUGAGAUAAUAAUAGUG